GCUCAGUUAAUUCCUCAGCCACAGAAAAACAAGGUGGGGAGAACCCCCCUCCUCUAAACUCCUCAAGUUGGACACAAACAACUUUCUGUUCCAUGGCCUCUGCAACAGCUCCACCAGCUCCAUUCACCUUCCUUUGCAGGAACCAAAGCACUCAUGAGCACAGAAAUGAUGGCAGAUGGUUGACAACAAAACAGAGAAGCCACCGUGUUGUCUUCCAGGUUUAUGCAACCCAAGAAGGUCCAAGUGGGCGAAAACGUGCUCCUCCUGGUGUUGACACAAGAAUUCACUGGGAGAACGAGGAUGAAGGAUGGGUAGGAGGAAGUAAAUCACAGUCAACUCAAGGACGAAUCAAAACAGACGAAAAAAAUCUCCUUGAUGAAAAAUUCUCGGAGCUGCUCAACAGUUCAGCUGAUUCUCACUACCAGUUCUUGGGAGUAUCUGCAACAGCUGACCUGGAGGAAAUUAAAUCUGCUUAUAGGAGGCUAUCAAAGGAGUAUCAUCCAGACACUACUACCCUUCCCAUAAGAGCGGCAUCAGAGAAAUUCAUGAAACUAAGAGAAAUUUAUGAUGUCCUGAGCGAUGAGGAACAACGUCGAUUCUAUGACUGGACACUAGCUCAGGAGGCAGCAAGCCGUGAAGCAGAGAAAAUGAGAAUGAAGCUGCAAGAUCCACGCAUGCUAGAAGUAGAAAACUGGGAAUCCGUCCCAGACAUGGUGGAUCGACUUGGUGGAAGGAACAUGGAGCUGAGUGAUCAGGCAAAAACUGCCCUCACAUUCGAUAUCUUGAUUAUUAUCUUUUCGUUUUGUUGCAUUAUAUAUGCCGUAUUCUUCAAGGAACAAUAUUAGCAGGAACACCUAUCCAUACAAUUGCGUAAUGCAUUAUACAACAACAACAUUCUAUACUGUCAA